AUGUCAAACGAUCAGCUCGAUGACGACGACGUCGCGAACGAUACAGAUCCACUCACCGAUAGCCGUGGACAGUUGAAAAAUCUUGCCGGUAAACGGUCGAGCGUCCAAUCUGUGACGUCCGGCCUCAGAGCUGCGACGAUCGAACGGACGGCGGACGAAGGGGGCAAAAAGGGGAGCUUGAUCAGCGCGAGGAGCAAUGAUGAUGAGUCUCGAGUGUCAGGCGAUAUUUGUCGAAUAUGUCACAUGGGUAAUUUCCCACCAACCGAUGAGAAUCGAGUCGGUCGUGGAAGACAGAGUCAAGGCAUUCACGGAGACGACAGUCAGACGUCGUCCUUAUCUUCCUACUCGUAUCUCGGGCCUUUGAUCUCGGCGUGCAAGUGUCGCGGGACAGUAGCUCUGGUACACGCACAGUGCUUGGAAAGAUGGUUGACAGAAUCAGGUCACACGAGGUGCGAGCUUUGUGGCUACAAAUACGCCACGAAAAGAGUGCCGAGGCACAACAUCUUCCGCAGCAUUGCCAUAUGGUUCAAUACCGUAAUAGUGACUCGACAAAUGCUAUUAGAUAUACUCUAUUUGGUGGUGACUACCCCGUUGGCCCUGUUCUCCUGCUACAUUUGCGUCCUAGCGCUGAGAAUGUUGUUAAAGCACGGUGUGCAAGAGAUGCCAUGGAUGAUUAUCGCUAUGCUUCCUACCUGUUCCCUUACUCUGAUUGCUUACUGGGGUUGGGUAAUAACAUUAGCCAGGCUACAUGGUCGUAGAUGGCGACGUUUCUGGAGGAGCAAUUUCGUUGUGCGUUUGAUCCCCGACGAAUCGAUGGCCGCAGACACGAAUUUCAGGCAACUGGAGUAUCAUCCAGAUCAUUAGAAAACGAGCCGAAGGAUAUGCACCUACUAUGUACGACAUAUUAGCAAGAUUUAAUUGUCGGUAAUAAUUUUCAUUGAAAAGUGGCAUUAAUCGAAGCUGAUUGGUAGUCAUCGAGAACAAUUAACCAUCGCAUCAGAGAGCGCGCUGGCUUCCGGUUACAAACCGUUCUACGCAAUAAAUCGAAGAGUGUAAUUAAUUUAAAGUUAAGUACUUAAAUAUAGUCAGAAUGUUUCCAAUGAUCGUCGCGACAGUGUUAAUUCUACUUCUGAUUCACUUGGUAAUGACGGCUAAUAGCAGCAUAAUCAAGAUUAUUGUUAAAUUUCAGAUAGCUGUAUUGAUGUUGAUGAAGGAUUAAAAAUUCUUUCAUUAUACCGAAAUUUUAUGUCAUGUUCGUUGAUUUCGUUGUUCUCUAAUUCUUAAUUAAAAUAAUUAAUUAAACAUUGCUCAAGACUCAUGCACUUCGUUAUUUUCUUAUACAUAUUUGUUGUACAAAAUUUAUAAAUAAAUGUUGCAUAGUUCCAGGGAGUGAUGUGGUUUGCUUUCGUUUUUUUAUUUUUUUUCGAGAUGUGAGGGCCACCUUUAGUUUUUUUAAAUAGAAUGCCCAAUAUUUUGUUUCGUAUUUCAAUAAUGCACUGAAUUCUUGGGUCUAUGCAACAUUUGUUUAAAAAUUUUUAUUGUACAACAAACACCUUACAAGUUAUUCGAAGUCGUCAUGUUACGAGGCUCACCCGGUACAUGUAUCAUGAUACAAUGUAAGACAUUGAAAAUACGAGGAAAAUUAAAUAUAGAUGUAAUUGCUGAAAAUGAAAGAAACAAUGAGAGACAUGUUAAAUAUUUAUUGCAUUAACAAGAAAAUGAAGAACGCAUAAGAGGGCGGCGAGGAUAAAAGAAAGAGAAAGAAUCGACCUGACCGGGUAAACCAGCUCCCAGAAGUUGUUCCAGACGAGAUCCCGUUGGAUUUCACUUUCGAUUGAUCGAAAGUUAUUACCAGCCAAUGACG